AUGGCUAUUCGUUGCCAGUUUGAGGCUAGUAAUGAAGUUGGCGUGUUUUGCAAGCUGACUAAUAGUUAUUGCUUGGUUGGAAUCGCAGCAUCAGAAAAUUUUUACAGUGUAGUCGAAGGUGAACUAGCAGAUGUGAUUCCAGUAAUUCAUUGCUCGAUUGCUGGAACUAGAAUCGUCGGGCGUGUUACGGCCGGUAAUCGAAAGGGGUUAUUAGUACCAAACGAUACCACUGACCAGGAAUUGCAGCAUCUUAGAAAUAGCUUACCUGACAAUGUAAAAGUAAGAAGAGUAGAUGAAAAGCUCUCAGCUUUGGGGAAUGUAAUCGCCUGUAAUGAUUAUGUUGCUUUGGUGCAUCCAGAAAUCAGCAAAGAAACUGAAGAGUCACUGGAAGAAGUCCUCGGCGUGGAGGUUUUUAGGAUGAGUCUAGGAAAUCAUGCUUUGGUUGGUUCAUAUGCCGUGACUAGUUCUCAAGGGGCUCUCGUUGAAGCAAAGACUUCACCUGAAAUACAACGAGAAGUAGCCGCUUUACUACAAGUCCCUGUUGUUGCGGGUACCGUAAACAGGGGAUCCAAUCUUGUUGGUGCGGGCCUGUGUGUUAAUGAUUGGAUAGGCUUCGCUGGUCUCGAUACAACAAGUACCGAACUGUCAGUCAUAGAAUCCGUCUUCAAGCUUGGUGAUCGCGAUGUAUCUGGAAUAACUGGUAGUAUGCGUGAUGCGCUCAUCGACAGCACCAUGUAA